UUGACGAAAUGAAGUUUCUAAAUUUGAAGAUUACUAGUUUACUGACAUGUAGAAUCUGUAGAAUCAGGAAAUGUGAUUCGUUUUCUCACUUGCUGAAUUCUGAUAAAUUCACUCAGGUUCGCUCGCUCGGAAAUACUGGAACCUAACAUACGACGAAUCAGUGAACAGCACAUUGAGGACAAAUGCGAAGAAUUUGCUUGUCUUCCAAGCCGAGAAAAGCCGCAAUUAUCGCAAAAUAUUACAGUCCAGACAUAACUUUUGAACAACGCUUACGAAACACUGUGAAAUGUGCAUCGAUCGUGGAAGAGCAUGGAGGGAAACUUCAUCUUCAACCUGAAGUGCAAGUGAAAUUCAAUGUUGACGCCAUCUUUGGAAAUUUACUUUGGCGGCAAAUCAACAAGUCUUGUUGUUUUUGUAUUCAUCUAACUGCGUGGCUCUUUCUUCAGUGGAGGAAAGCAAAACAGUUGUCUUGUGCUUCAGAUUAUGUAGUUGAUCUUGGCAAAGCAUGUUCAGUUCACAUACAAGAAAAGCCAAGGCAAAAAAACAAUCGUUCUGCAGUUUGGAAGAUCUAUGCAUUUAUUAACAUUCAGGCUUUAACAUGUUUGUGUAUGGAGCCUGAUCUAAGAUGGUGUAAGCAACUCCUUGUUGACCUUACUGAGUACAUGCAGCUCCAGGAUGUUAUGGCGUGGUUAUCAACAUUAGGAGGUGCAUACUCAGCAAUGGGAGAUCAUCUUUAUAGUUAUUCUGAAAAAGCUUGUCAGAUUUCUCAGCAUCAGUUAAUUGUGGCCUUGAGGUUAAGAAAUCCUGUUCUUGCUGCCCAAUGCAAAGUAUUUGUGGCACUGAGUCUCAUACAACGAGGUCAACUUAAACUGGCCUCCAGAAUAAUAAGGGAACAGUAUGUUCUAGCAAAAUCCGAUGGUUUUGGAAUGGAUGAGAAGCUGAUAUCAUCUUGUAAAUCGGCCUGGUCAAGAAUACAGUACUCUAAAAAACAAAAUAAGAUUAACAGAAAAGCGAUAAAGAGCGUCAAGUGAGGAACAAUAAAUGCCUUGUCUUUCCCGGAUAAACGCAGAAGGAUCUGACUGCGCUUAUUUUGUUCCUCAGUUUUGUUAUUCAUAUUUCAAACUGUUUCAAGGUGGAAACCAACUCAAGAAACAAACUUGUAACAUUCAUACUUAUAAUAUUAGAUACGCCGCGAGCCAAAACCUCUGCAAAUCACGAGUCAGAACAAACACAGGGAUACAAACUAUAUUCUAUAUGGCUUCCCUCGUUUGGCAUAAUAUUCCUUCUUAUUUGAAAAAUCUUAAUGUUUACCAAUUUUCUAAAUAAAUUAAGUUAUCUCUUCUCUGAACAACUCGAAAAUAGCAUGAAGUAACUAACAUUUUGAACAUUCAAUUCCUUCGAAUUCCACUGCUCAUAUAGUUUGGUCUGUCUCCCUGUGUCUUGACUUUAUUUAUUUGUCUCUUUCAUUCCCUUGGUCUUGUUGUUGUUGUUUAGGAAAAAUUCCUUUUGUCGAAACCAAUCUCCUUCUAGUAUUUUUGUCUUCGUUUUCUCUCAACUGAGAAAAACGCUGUCAAGGGGAAAGAGAGAAGGUGCCUAACUUCAAGGAGCCCAUAAGCGUUUUGACGUAAAAAGUAAAGUAUUUUCUUGGUAUAUAAUAAGAAAAUGUUUACAAUUUUACUGUUACUUUUCAACCAGAAAUGUUGAGGCAAUUUUACCAUCAUUAUGUUGUUUACAAAAAUACUGUACCCAAGCUUCGAUUGAUUAUGGCAAACAACAGUGGCUGAAUAUGAAUGAAUUGAUUUCUUGUAUACUUACUUAGCCAAAAUAGUUAGGGGGGCAAAGGAAAAUUCUGAGUCCCCGACAGGAAUCGAACCCAUGAGCUCCCGAACACCGGGCGAGCGCUCUAUCCACUGAGCUACG